AUGGCCCAAACGACGCCUGACGGCGCUAUCCGAGAGAGUGACUUGCUCCCGAAGCUCGUCGCACACUUGGAUCGCCAUCUCAUCUUCCCGCUUCUACAAUUUGUCGCCGACCAGGCCGAAGAGCCGUCCCUCGAAACAACGCGCGCAAAAUAUGAACUCCUCAAGAAGACCAACAUGACUGACUACGUUGCGACACUCUACUGUGAGCUUGAGGGCACCGAAGAGCCGCCCGCUCAUUUUGUCGAAAAGCGUCGCCAGGUCUUGGAUCGUCUCGAGCGUUACACCCAGGAAAGCGAAAAAAUCACCGGACUCCUCGGUCGCGAAGAUGUCGUGACAGGCUUACGCAGUGAUAAAGUGGCAAAUUUGGAAUUCCUCAAAAAAGAGCACGGCGUAACGAUUGAAGAGGUCAACGUGCUUUAUGACUUGGGCCUCUAUCAGUAUUCAUGCGGAAACUACCACGCAGCAGCUGAAGUUCUCUAUCAGUUCCGCGUGCUUUCCACCGACAAUGACAAGGUCUCAGCUGCUACCUGGGGAAAAUUUGCAAGCGAGAUACUCACGACAAAUUGGGAAUCGGCCAUGGAAGAGUUACAAAAGGUGAAAGAGUCCAUUGAUACAAAGCUCUUCAGUAAUCCACUGGCUCAAUUGACCCACCGAACCUGGCUUAUUCACUGGGCUCUUUUUCCCUUCUUCAAUUAUGAGCCAGCUCGUGACGUUAUCUGUGAACUUUUUCUCUCUGCCCCCUUCAUCAAUACCAUUCAAACAGCGUGUCCGUGGAUUCUCCGUUAUCUGACGGCUGCCGUUAUUACUAACCGAUCACGAUCGCGCAACACGGGACAGUACCAAAAGCAGCUGAAAGAUAUCGUCCGCAUCAUCAAGCUCGAAAACUACGAGUACGCAGAUCCCAUUACCGAUUUUCUGAAGGCGCUCUAUAUCGAUUUCGACUUUGAAGAGGCACAGAAGAAGCUCUCCGAGGCUGAAGAUGUGCUGAGAUCCGACUUCUUCCUCGUGGCAACUUCAGAUGCCUUUAUCGAGGCGGCACGCUACCUAAUCUCAGAGAGCUACUGCAAGAUUCAUCAGCGCAUUGAUAUCAAGGACCUUAGUGCGCGUCUCGGCUUGAGCCAAGAGGAUGGUGAGAAGUGGAUCGUUAAUUUGAUCCGCGAUACGCGGGUUGAUGCUAAGAUAGACUACAAGGAAGGCGCUGUCGUGAUGAACCAUCCGCCUAGCAGUGUCUAUCAACAGGUUAUUGAGCGAACCAAAGGGGGAUUUUUCCGCACUCAAGUGCUAAGCGCGGCGGUAGCCAAGUAA